GAUAGAUCUCCAUGAAACACAACAAUGCUCCAUUACAGGGAAGCACGUAACUCAAAAGUUGUGUGCCCCACGCGAAAUACAGCGCGAAAGGGUCCCUCGCGUUCCAAUUUUUCAGCCUUCCACAAAAGCUCCUUUCUAACUCCAUCAUCAUCACCAUUGCAAAAUCCUCAUUCUUCUUCAUCAUCACCAUUGAAAAAAAUCCUCAUUCUUCUUCAUCAUCACAAUUUCCAUCUCUAUCUUCAAACGACGUCGUAUCAUUCAAUCCUCCUUCAUCUUUAUCGUAACCACCAUUUCCCCACAACACUUUUAAAUUCACAUCACAAUAAAACGACGUCGUCGCUGUUCAUAUAGCUUCGGGAUUCGAAUCGCCGAUUAUCGUUACCAUCAUUUUCGCAACGACGUCCUAACGACGUCGUUUUCGUCGCAAUGCCAAUCACGCCGUGCGACAGCCAGAUUCCUCUUCCGUCGCCAAUUCCAACCGGAAGAGGAUCGCGCUCCGCCGCCAACGAGAUCUUCAGCAAGUUCCUCGAGAAGAAGCUCCACUUACCGGAACUUACACUACCGGAGCUUCAUCAACCACCAGCACCGGCGGAAAUUGACCUCUGGUCUCUCCCACUCGCCUCCGCUUCUCUGCUUCAACGCUCCGCCAAGGAGUUCGGCGCGUUCCGGAUACGGAGCCACGGAAUCUCAAGCUAUGAUCUCGAAACUAUAGCGAAGGAAGCAGAAGUUGUUUUCAAAGACACUAGAAAGGUUUACGUUGAGCGUAACGGACGCUGCGGAGGGAUGAUUCCCUGUGUUCGAUCUAGUAAUGGAGAACUGGAAUUCACAGCUCGCAACCAAACGCAUCGGAAAUUUUGGGUUCAUAUGGGGUACAUAGCAAGUAGAUUGGAUGCCAUAGUGGACCAAGUGACUCUGGCUCUAAAACAGGACGCAUCACAAGAUUUUAAGGAGCGGAUUCAAGAGACAGAGUCUGUAAUUUGUCUUUGCAGGUAUCCCCAUGACAGUACCCCCAAACGAAAUGAACGUGUCUCGGAUAAGACAAAGGGCGUGUUAUGUGAACAUGCUUUGCGCUUCUACCUUCCCAUGGAGCAUUGCAUAUUUUACGUCCAAACUGAAAGAGGUCCUCUGUCUUUUGAUGCAGGUCCAGAGGAUAUAGUUGUCAUCGUUGGCGAGCAAUUAGAGGAUUGGAGCAACGGUGUAUUCAAAUGUGUUCCUGGUGAAAUGAUUUUCAUGCCGAGUUUCCAUAGUAGCAACACCUCUUUCUCCAUAGAGCUUACAUGCUUGGCCUCUUCAAAUCUAAAUCAAAUAUUAAACAAUUUUGACAAGAUAAUAUCCUUACACGAUCAAUUCCUUAUUGUAUUAUGUCUCGUAUUUUUAUACAAAUUUCUAUACUUCAUCUUUUCGUGAUCCUCAGAACAUGGUUGUAUUGUACCAUUUUGUUUUGUUUUGGUGUGUUUUGCGUGGUCAUGAUGUUGCUCUACCCAGUUCUUCAGUAAUACCAUUUUGUUGUACAGUUUGAGUGUAAAGGUUGUGGGUUUUGUUUAAAGAUACCAGUUAUGAGUUAUGAGACAUUGACAUGUUUCCUGAGUUGGAAUUAGAAAAAAUGGUGUAUGCAUACAUAUUGAACUUCACAAAAGCACAUAAAGCAGAUAUUUGCAUAUUGGCAA